CGGCCUCUGAGGUCACAUGACAGGGGCGCGGGACGGGGUUGCUGCCGCCGCCACCAAAGCUAUUGCUACUCUGGGUGGGGGGUCCGGAGUCUGACUGACUGAGUGACCGACCAUGAGUUUUCUUGGAGGUUUGUUUGGUCCCAUUUGUGAGAUUGAUGUUGUUCUUAAUGAUGCAGAAUCACGAAAAACAGCUGAAAUCAAAACAGAGGAUGGCAAAACAGAAAAACAUUAUCUAUUCUAUGAUGGUGAAUCUGUUUCAGGAAAGGUGAACAUAGUCUUUAAACAACAUGGAAAGAGGCUAGAACACCAAGGAAUCAGAAUUGAAUUUGUAGGACAAAUCGAACUUUUCAACGACAAGAGCAAUACUCAUGAAUUUGUAAAUCUAGUGAAGGAAUUGGCCUUACCUGGUGAAUUAACACAAAGUAGAAGUUAUGACUUCGAAUUUAUGCAAGUUGAGAAGCCAUAUGAAUCCUACAUUGGUGCUAAUGUCAGAUUGAGGUAUUUCCUUAAGGUAACAAUAGUAAGAAGAUUGUCAGACCUGGUAAAAGAAUAUGACCUUAUUGUUCACCAACUUGCAACAUACCCAGAUGUUAACAACUCUAUUAAAAUGGAAGUAGGCAUUGAAGAUUGUCUGCAUAUAGAAUUUGAAUACAACAAAUCCAAGUAUCAUUUAAAGGAUGUGAUUGUUGGAAAAAUUUACUUCCUUUUAGUAAGAAUAAAAAUCCAGCACAUGGAAUUACAACUGAUCAAAAAGGAAAUCACUGGAAUUGGACCCAGUACUACAACAGAGACGGAAACAAUUGCAAAGUAUGAAAUAAUGGAUGGUGCACCAGUUAAAGGUGAAUCUAUUCCCAUAAGACUCUUUUUGGCUGGCUAUGAUCCUACUCCUACAAUGAGGGAUGUAAAUAAAAAGUUCUCAGUAAGAUACUUCUUGAAUCUAGUGUUAGUUGAUGAAGAGGACAGACGGUACUUCAAGCAACAGGAGAUCAUUCUUUGGAGAAAAGCUCCCGAGAAACUGCGGAACAAAGAACUAACUUCCACCAGCGAUUUGAAAGUCCAGAACCACAAGCAUCCGCAGAGCAGCCUGAAAUGUGAACAAGGUUUAGGGAGUGAAAGAACUGUUGAUAGAAUCAGCAGGUUAAGGUGGCAACAGGCUGUAGGGAAGAAGACCAAAACUCACAUUACCAACAGUCUUCCUCAUCUUACAGUGCUGCAUUUCCCACACUACUAAAACAUUCUUCAAGUAAACAUUCAAGUGUGUACAUACAUUUAAAAUAAGUGCUUUCUCAAACACUGGAACUUUCUUAAGCUAUUUUAUACUGCACAUUUUACUUUUGUCUGGUGUGAUGCACUCAGAUAUGCAUAAAGCUUAAAAAAAGUCUAGUUAUACGUUUCCAUGCAUGUAGGCUGGUGCGUUUAAGUUUUGCUAAUCAUUGAUGGUAAACUAAAGCAUUUCCUCUUCUAUGCCAUAUUUCAUAUCAUACAUAUUUCCUCAAUGUCGGUUACCUGUACCCUUGAAAUUGUAAUAAAAUAUGUUGCCCUAAAAUGAUACAUUCAGGUUUAAAAUAGGAUUUUGCCCUGAAAGUACAUCCCUUUACGACAGGGAAGUAAGUAAGAUGUACAAAAAAUUAUGUGCUUAGGAUAGGCCUAAGACUAUAUCAUGGUCUCAAACUUUUGCGUCUUUUGAGAAAUAUGUAUAAACAAGCACUGUUCUAAAAUUGCUUUAUAAGAGGGGUGACUACUCUUUUUCUUUUUUAGCAUUUUCUUUCUUAGCAUUUCAGUCCUAAUGAGUCUGUUACCAGGUUCUAACACACUUGAAGCUCAUGUGCUCUAUGCUAAAAGAUGGAAUUCUUGUGGACUGCCCUGUUUCAGUGAAUGGGACAUGUACAUGAAAGAAACCGUGUUUUAAUACAGGUUUUAUUGGUUACACUGGGUCACAUACACACAAGUUCAUUCUUUUUGCACUCAUAUUUCACCCUUUCACCAUAUUCCAAACAUGCCCAGAUAUUGAAAAAACAUCCUCAUUUUCUGCUCUGACCUUAUAUAAGGAAACUUGGACUAUAUGGAUGGAAACCAUCUGAAUUCCGUAUAGGUAUUGUAUGUCUGUGUGGUGAAAUAUCUGAUUUUUUUUUUAAUUUUUAUAAAUGCAUCAGGUGAAUUUUAGCAUCUUUGGAAAACCUCAACCUGUCCACAAUUAAGCAUGUAGUCCUCAAACACACUGCCUGUUUUGGGCACAACAUGGAACCUGCUGAAUAGAAGGCUACUCACCUUUAUAGUUCACUUGGCCUAUUUACCAAGAAUGUUUCUAAACUUCAGUGCAAGUGUUAUUGGUUACCUUACUUUAUGAGUAAGCAAAAUUACUAAAUUGUACGUCUGCAAGAACUGUUUUAUUACUAUGGCACUUUGAUAAAACAGUCAAAGAUGCUGCGUGCUGGGAUAUUUCUCUUCAUAUGGAUGCCUGUGACUGAGAGAACUUAAUUCCUUCAUGUAAGUGCCUGUUCAGAAUUUCAAACAAACAAAAAAUGCCAAAUAUUUUCAUGUACACUUGCAUAUAGCGAUCUGAAAACUAUUCCAAGAAAUUUUGAAGACUGAUUGUAUUUAACCAGCCUCAAAUUGUGCAUCUAUGUAUAAUAGACAUAAUGAACUGCUAUUUGAAUUAUUAAAAAUAGCUGUAUUCUCACUAAAA